AUGGCGGCGUCGUCCAACAAUAAGGUGAAGGGCCUUCUGAAAGGGCUGAGAUACAUUUCUCAGAUAUUUGAUAAUGAAAAAGAGGAAGAAAUGCAGAUUGGUAACCCUACAGACGUAAAGCACGUGGCUCAUAUAGGAUGGGAUGGCCCAUCAGUAAAUUCACCCAGCUGGAUGAACGAGUUUAAAAACACCCCGGGAGCUCCUCCAGAUGUUAACGGAGACCUUCAUAACAUCAACGCUAACAGAGAGAUUGACAUGUUCACCUCCCAAGAUUCAAGAGGAAGAACGCCGAGAUCUGUGAAUUCGUCGGAUAGAGACUCACCGGAUAUACCGAAGUCAUCGAGACGGCAGUCGAGCGGCGACUUCAUCAUGGAUUCACCGAGCAGAGACAAGCCAGAAAAGCCAAGGCAGAGAAGGUCAUCGAAAAACAAGGAUUCUCGAAGCUCCGCGGCCUGUGAUUUGGGCGAAGGAAGUGAGUCGCCAGCGAGGAAUCUGCCUGGCAUUCCCAAGAAGUCCCGAAGGAAGAAAUCCAAAGAAGCUUCUAGUAGUGCUGGUGGCGGAUCAACAAAAUCCAGAUUGAAAUCUCAAAACUCGGAUUUGGACGUCGGGUCGCCGUCUUGCUCCCUAACAAAGUCCAGGAACAAACAAAGGUCCUUCGACGAGGACGCACAGAGUGAAAAAGGAUAA